ACUUGCCGUUCACAUAAUUGACGUCACUUCCUGUGAUCCACAAUUUUAAAAAUAUUGUCCUUCUCAGUAAUGGCGGCUUCCUUCCCUUCUCCUUCUGCAAUAAACAACAACAAAUGGUACUUCACCCGAGAACAGAUCGAGAAUAGCCCGUCUCGCCGUGCGGGGCUUGAUCCAGACAAAGAAUUGUCCUACAGACAACAAGCUGCGAACCUUCUACAGGACAUGGGACAACGACUCAAUGUGUCCCAGCUAACAAUUAAUACUGCCAUUGUGUAUAUGCACCGAUUCUACAUGAUCCAGUCGUUCACCAGGUUCCACAGAAAUGUCAUAGCUCCAGCAACACUAUUCCUGGCUGCAAAGGUUGAGGAGCAGCCCCGCAAGUUGGAGCAUGUUAUCAAGGUGACCCAUGCAUGCCUCAACCCUCAGGACCCUUCACCAGACGUCCGCAGUGAUGCUUACCUGCAACAAGCCCAAGACCUGGUCAUUCUUGAGAGCAUUAUACUCCAGACCCUGGCCUUUGAAAUCACCAUUGACCACCCACAUACUCAUGUUGUCAAGUGCACCCAGCUAGUCAGAGUUGUUCCAGCGAGUAAGGAUUUGGCCCAGACGUCAUACUUCAUGGCUACCAACAGUCUACACCUGACCACAUUCUGCCUGCAGCACAGCCCGCCCAUCGUGGCCUGCGUUUGCAUCCACCUGGCCUGCAAGUGGUCCAACUGGGAGAUCCCAGUCUCCACAGACAGCAAGCACUGGUGGGAGUAUGUGGACAAUACUGUCACCCUCGAGCUGCUGGAUGAGCUCACCCACGAGUUCCUGCAGAUCUUGGAGAAGACACCAAGCCGAUUAAAACGCAUUCGCAACUGGAAAGCGGCAGGUCAGACAGUGAAGGGAGGGAGGUCCAAGGUGCCAGAGGACGGCGAUCAGACAGAUGGUAUGAUGAGCAUGGUCUCCAUGUCGUCGUCUGAGACCACGCUGGGUGGCCUGAUGAGCCUCUCCAACCCUCUCUCUUCAUCUUCCUCCUCCAUGGCUCCCAUACUACUGGAGCUCAAGUCGACCCUGGGCAGUGGUUCUGACCAGCCCAGCCACGCCGAGCUGCACGCCCCGGCCAAAGUAUCACUGAGCGAGUACCGGGCCAAGCACGCUGACGUCCUGGCUGCUCAGAAGAGGAAGCUGGAGAACAUGGAGGCGAGCGUGAAGAGGGAGUAUGCCACAGCAGCCCAGGCUCUGAUAGGCCAGCAGCAGAGGAAGGAGAAGCACCACCGUGACCAGCAACAAUCCAGCUCCCACCAUUCCAGCUCGGCCUCCUCUGACCUCAGCAGCCCCUCGCCUAUCAUCCUCAAGAUCCCCCUGGAAAAGGAGAGGGGCGAGCGCAGCUCCCUGAAGAUGCGUCUCCCUCUGGGGUCUGGGGGAGGCGGGAGGCACAGUGGAGGAGGGAACAGAGGAGCAGGAGGAGAAAAGGACAUCAAAGUGAGAAUUCGGGUGCCUGAGAAAGUACGCAGUGGAGGCUCGGGAGAGGAGGGGGGCAAGACUAGGGAGGGAAAGCACCGAGAACGUUCCAACCACCAUCAUCAUCAUCACCACCACCACCAUCAUUCAUCGUCAUCUUUUAGCGGUGCUUCUGUCUCUUCGUCCUCGUCACAUAAACACUCAGCCAGUGCUGCUGGAGCUGUAGGAGGAAGCAGCAGCAAAAAAGCCCCCAGUGACUCGUCUAGAAUGAGCUCCUCUUCCUCUGUGUCUCGAAAGAGGACACAUUCCACGGAGUCCCAGGGCUCCCACUCGUCCAAAGUCUCUAAGUCCUCCAGGAACUCAGCUCACCAGCUGCCUGCUCUUUUAGCUGCCUCUGGAGCACACUCCCUGGGGGCACACCCCACUGACAUCCUCCCCUCCCUGGGUCACCCCUCCCUCCACCAGGGAAACUACUCUCACUCCAAGGGGGACAAGCCGGACACUAACGGACACAAUGCAGGUGUUGGUAGCCAGUCGAAUGAGUACCAGGACACGUUUGAGAUGCUGAACUCUUUACUGAGUGCUCAGGGGGUGCAGCCUGCCCAGCCUCCCAUGUUUGAUUGCCGGUCUCAAUACGUGGAGUACAGAUACAGCGGCGGGUCUAGAGGGGGAUCUCGACCACCACCUCUGCCUGCUGAACCUCCACCUCCGCUACCCCCUCUACCCAAAUGAUCCCUAAUGAAGGGGUGAAUUACUGACAGUGUACCUGUAGAUGCAUCCAACCAUGUUACAUAAGAUAUUUGCUCUGUGAAUUUUGUCCCUUUUAUGUGUUUGUAUGGAUCAUGUUGUGGUUUUCAACUUGACAGCAAAGAAAUGUACUAAUACAUACUUUUCAGUGAUGUAUGUGCUGAAGUGUCUCCCUCGUCACAUCAUAUUCCAUACAUCUGUGGGGCAAUAACAGGAGGUGUGAAAGAAAAGCUUGCAAAAAAUGAAACGAACAAAAUUAAUUAUUUAUUCACAAUGUAAAUACUUUAUCAUGAUAUGAACUCAAAUCAAAUUUUAUGGAAUGGCGGGCAUAAUAUUUGAGCCAUAGCUGUUUUAAAAAAAAAGUCAAACAUUACAUGUUUGAAUGCCUAUUAGAGGAAACAAACUUGUUUGCUUCACUUAUUACAUUUUAAAGUCUUGCUAACAAUUAGUCUUUUUCAGAAUGUUUUUGAAAUAUACUAUUUAUUAUUAGUAUUGAAUGCUUUUGAGUAAGGUAUUUUUUUUAUUUUUAUAAAUACUAACUGCCCCUUUCUGCUGUGUUGAACUGAAGGAUAGUUGAGUGCUCCUUACACAGGCCUAUUUCAGAAUGCAUGUCUUCAAAGCCAUCGUUUUCAACAUUUUGUUUUUCAAAAUACUGUAGUCACUGAGGUUUUUUUGUCCUUGUUUUGUCAAUACUUUUGUUUUGUAAUCUCUGCAUUAUUUUGUGAACAAUUGUUUAAUAUUAAUAAUGUAAAUUGGUGAAAGUGGACAAAUAUUUUGUUAAGAAAAAAAGUUGCUAAAAAUCCUGUAAAUUGAUACGGCUUAUAUUUUAGUUCCUAGAUUUGUGUGUUACAGUCAUUGUUUUAAAUGGUUGUAAAAUGUUAACAGUCAAAUGCUUACACUAACAUUCAGAGUUUAUACUACAGUACAUGCACUGCAUGGCCAAAAGUAUGUGGACACUCAUUCAAAUUAGUGGAUUUUGCUGUUUCAGACAUACCCGUUGCUGACGGGUGUAUAAAAUCGAGCACACAGCCAUGCAAUCUCCAUAUACAAACAUAAGCAGUAGACUGGGCCGUACAGUGACUUUCAACGUGGAGCUGUAAUAGGCUGCCACCUUUCCAAAAUGUCAGUUUGUAAAAUUUCUGCCCUGCUAGAGCUGCCCCAGUCAACCGUAAGUGAUGUUAUUGUGAAAUAGAAACAUCUAGGAGCAAGAACUGCUCAGCUGUGAAGUGGUAUGACACACAAACUAACAAAACUGGACCGUCGAGUGCUGUAGCGUGUAAAAUUGUCUGUCCUCGGUUGCGACUCUUACUACCGCGUUCCAAACUGCCUCUGGAAGCAACAUUUACACAAGUGUUCGUUGGGAGCUUCAUGAAAUGGGUUUCCAUGGCCAAUCAGCCGCACAUAAGCCUAAGAUCACCAUGCGCAAUGCCAAGCGUCGGCUGGAGUGGUGUGAAGCUCGCCAUCAUUGGACUCUGGAGCAGUGGAAACGCAUUCUCUGGAGUGAUGAAUCACGCUUCACCAUCUGGCAGACCAACAGACAAAUCUGGGUUUGGCAGAUACCAGAAGAACGCUACCUGCCUGGAUGCAUAGUGUCAACUGUAAAUGUUGUUGGAGGAGCAAUAAUGGUCUGGGAAAUUUUAACGCUACAGCAUACAAUGGCAUUCUAGACUGUUCUGUGCAUCAAACUUUGUGGCAACAGAUUUGGGAAGGUCCUUACCUGUUUCAGCAUGACAAUGCCACCGUGUACAAAGCGAGGUCCAUACAGAAAUGGUUUUCGAGAUCGGUGUGGAAGAACUUGACUGGCCUGCACAGAGCCCUGACUUCAACUCCCAUCGAACACCUUUGGGAUGAAUUGGAAGGCCGAGCGGGAGCCAGGCCUAAUCGCCCAACAGUGCUCGACCUCACUAAUGCUCUUGUGGCUGAAUGGAAGCAUGUCCCCGCAACAAUGUUCUAGCAUCUAGUGGAAAGCCUUCCCAGAAGAGUGGAGGCUGUCAUAACAGGAAAGGGUGGACCAACUCCAUAUUAAUGCCCAUGAUUUUGGAAUGAGGUGUUCGACUAGCGGGUGUCCACAUACUUUUGGCCAUGUAGUGUAUCUGCAUAUUCAUAUACAAACCACAGCAGUGUCAAUCAUUUUGAUAAUGGACUGAUUGUAUUUUUUAGUGUUUUGAACAGAAUUAAGUGUUACUUUUACUGUUUUAACAGUAACUGAAGUCUUCACUUAUUUGAAUGAAAUUGAAAUUCCCGUUUUGGGCAAUUUUAGUAAGGGGUGUAUUCUUUUGUCUAUAUUUAGAUAAUACAGCAGUUUUUUUCUGGUUUGUUCGUGGUGAUUACACAUGCUUAACUGAGAGACUAGAGGGUUUAACAUUUUAAAAAAAUCUCUCGUACCACUGUCAACCAUCCUUGUCAGGAUUUCAUUUCUGUGUAAAGGACUUGUUCAAUUAAGAUAAUAAUAAUCGUUCCCUUUAUGUCCAGUUAUGCUGUUUGUCAUGUUUAUUGGUCAUAAACUGGUAUUCUCUCUCAUUUAAUCAUGUGUUGGGAAUCAUCUUUAAGAUUGUGAUAGUGGAAAUGAAGUGGGCUAUAACUUAGCUCUGACAUGUUUCAGACAUUUUUAUCAGAACUCUCUUGGUCCAAUAAGCUGCCAAUGGACAGAUUCAUUUGUUGGAGAUCAUGUAACACAGCUGUAGCAUACUGAUUUGAUCAUGCGGUGUUCCUGCUGUUUGUUUUUGUAUAUAAAGGAAAGAGUUGUCAUUA